CGUCACUUGGGCUACAGAAAAUUUAGGACAUACCUCACCUACCAAUAACAAGAAUAUACACUCAACAAAUCAUAGAGCUUUACGGAUUCAUACGGAAAGGCUCAAACGCGUCAAUUGAACAUUGUGAAGAAACUUGUGUUUGUAUUUGAUCGUUCUACUGGAAAGUGCCUCUGUUGCUUAAACGCGUGUCUAAAGUGACCGAGUACUUAUAGAAAUUUGUUAGUAUUCUGGGUUUUGUAAAAAUCAUUCUUUUUCUUCUUAAAAUUGCCUUCUUUUAACUUGGAUUUUCCUUCCUUGCAAUUGACGCGUUGGGUAGAGGACAUUGUGUGUGGCUUUUUAUAGACUGGUUCUUCUCUUACUUGUACUUUUUUUAGUCCUCCAUCAAACUUGAUUUGUGCGCUACGCUUUCUUCCAUGGGUCAAGGGAAAGGUCGUACAUUUUAUGAGAAUCAAUUUCCGAAUCAUGGUGCUUAUGAAUCACUAACGGAAUUUGAUCUGUAUCUGGAAUCCAAGACAAACGAGUCAAGCGGGACUCCUCUCGGCUUUCCUCCUAACCUAUCCCCUUUGUCAUUACAAGAUAUAGGGUCCAUCCAUUCCUCUGUAAACCAAGUCAGUCCCAAUGAUCUUGAAAUCUCUAGACUAGACUCGGUCGAUUCCCCUUCUUCCAGUGCUAGUGCUCAUAUGUCUAGCCCUUCUUCGUUGUCCUUUGAAACUAGGCUGCAAAAUCCCACCGGUAAUCCAACAAACGGUAAUGACACACUUUCCUCGGAGAAUUAUAUUUCUUCGGAUUUCGGAGGAAAUUGUGCCAUUCUAGAUAAUAGUCAGGAGAAAAACACACCAGACGAGUAUACUAGCAAACUGAAGUGGCCGUUUCAGAAGCUGAAUGAAGUUUGUGAUAACUCCCGAAGCCAGUCUUCCAAACGCGGGGUUGGCAUUUUGCGCCGUUUCCUUCCUUCCUCCCGGUUAGGACGUUUAAAUCGCGUCUCUCCUUUACGCACAUCUAGUACUACAGGUAUAUAUUCGCUUGACUCGCCUGAUCUAACACCUCUUUCUGUCUCCACAACUCAUCUUCAUCACUCUUCUGCGAAUGAUUCCGGGAACCAGUCUCGUUCCCCUAGCCUGAAGGCGGGUCUUUCAUCUGCUGAUGUCAAACAGAUGGACGUUGCUGAACGAUCUAGAUGUUUGGAUGCAAUGCUAGAGGAAGUCCUUCAAUUAGAUACAGCGUACGAGGCUGCUGAAAAACGAAUGAUGGAAUCUGGUUGGAGCAGUAUGGAAGAAAUUCGCGAUGUUCAUGCCAAGCGAUUAGAUGCUUGGCAAACUUGGAAACGAAACUUACUUCCCUUACGAGGUAAGUGCUAGUAUCUGUGCCUUGAAUUUCUUCUGUUAUUUCCUUCUUUUCAAUUGUUCUUGUAUUCCCUACGAACUUUAAAAACUGCUCCUUUUUUAGCCACUUUUUAGGUUUAGCUUUCCUUGUUUCCCUUUUUUUUUCGUCCAUCUCCAUCACCAUCUCUCCUCAAUUUGAUGGUGAUAUUUGUCCUUGCAUAAACAGUUGGCAACGCUGGCCUACUUUUUUUUUUCUCUCGCAUUUUUAUUCAAAAAAUUAUAUUUCGGUAUUUGUUGGUUAAUGUUUUUCAUGUUCUUUAUCCUGUUGUUUGUCCUAAUGCCAAUGUUUCAAAAGUUCAUUGAUAGCAGUCUUAGAUAGUUACAAAUUGAGUUAUGCAUAUUUCUUCAACGCACUCUAUUUUUCUCAUUUUACGGUUUUGUAUAUCUAAAUAAAAUAAUAUUGCAACUCUUUUGUUUCUUG